CUUCCCUUGUCGUCUCAAACUUUUGAACGUAUCGUCACUUGGGAACACCUAGUCGACUAACCCACCCCGCAAACUGCCUCUCCUCGUCAAUUGGAAAAAAAAAUGAUAUGUCGAUCGUGCCUGCGGGCCGCCUCGCGCAGCGCCCACCAAAUACCGCCCGUCUCUCUGCGCCGCCCACAGAACCCACGCUUCUUCACCACCGCAUCUCCCCUCCGCAAUGCCACACCCAUUUCCAGUUCCACAGCCACGCAAUCCAAACCUCGCCAAGGCGACUUGUCGUCUCCUCACGCACCGCCCACGGCCACAUCGACGUCUGCCGCCCAACCUUUUAGCGAGCCAUUGACGCCAGCCCCAGGCCCUGAUGUGAAAGCGGCGGCAGCAGAAGCAGCAAAGAAGAAGGUUGCGCCCCUGAUCAAGAGCAGCAUACCGGCGGGACAUCCACUCAAAGGCCUCAAUUUCUUGAAAGACAGACAAGACCCAAUUGCGGCGCCCGAUGACGAGUACCCCGCUUGGUUGUGGACAUUACUGGAUCGGCAGGAGAAGAAGGCGGAGAAGGGCGCGGGCGAUUUGUUCUCCAAAUCAAAGAAACAGCGUCGUCUGGCUGCGAAGCGUCUCCGAAAGGAACAGGCCGAGAACCCCGAAAUGAUGAUACCAAAGGUGCCAUUAUACGAACAAACCAUUGAUUUACCAGCUGGCGAUGGCACCCUGUCCGGCGCGGUGCAGGCUGCAGAGGCGCGAGAUGAAUUGACAAAAGCCAUGCGGAAUAAGCGGAGGGCAUCGAUCAAGGAAGCUAACUUCCUGAAGGCAAUGGGUUAAGAGGUUGGGUUUGAACUGCGGGGUGGAGAAUUUACGAAGGAGAGGAAUAGCGAGGUUGCAGCUACUACGCUUGCUGCUGAUCAGCAGGAUGCUGAUUUGUAUAGAACCAUGUAUAUCGUGUGACACAAGGGACGAUUUUGGAAUUACCAUACCCAACUUUAUCUAUGAAAACAGAAGAAGAAGAAGUAGAAGAAGAAUGAAAAACGACAUAUUAUCUCUCAAUACAGAAAUGAAGACCAGAAC